AUGCCUAAAGUGAAACGAAGUCGCAAGCCCCCACCAGAUGGAUGGGAAUUGAUAGAACCAACACUGGAAGAACUUGAUCAAAAAAUGCGAGAAGUUGAGACAGACCCUCAUGAAGGAAAACGAAAGGUGGAGUCCUUAUGGCCAAUUUUCAGAGUGCAUCACCAGAAGUCACGCUAUAUCUACGACUUGUACUACAGAAGAAAGGCUAUAAGCAAAGAACUUUAUGAUUAUUGUCUCAAAGAAAACUAUGCAGAUAAGAACCUCAUAGCAAAAUGGAAAAAGCAGGGAUACGAAAACCUUUGCUGUCUAAGAUGCAUACAGGCAAGAGACACAAAUUUUGGCUCCAACUGCAUUUGUCGAGUUCCUAAAAGCAAACUAGAAGAAGGAAAGGUUGUUGAGUGUGUUCAUUGUGGAUGCAGAGGCUGCUCAGGAUAA